GCGGGAGGGGGCCUGCUGCGGCCGCGGUGACACAUCUCUGCCUGCCAGGCCAGCAGCAGCUGGGCCAGCCGUUCACGGGAGCCCUGGCCACCACUCCCCAGAGGCUUUGGAAUGGACUUGUGCCACCCAGACGCCGCGGAGCUGAGCAGCGGGGAGACUGAGGAGCUGCAGCGGAUCAAAUGGCACCGGAAGCAGCUUCUGGAUGACAUCCAGAAGUUGAAGGAUGAGAUCGAAGAUGUGUUUGCCCAAAUCGACUGCUUCGAGAUGUCAGAGGAGAGGGGAACCCUGGGGAGCACCUGGCAUGAACCUGGUUUGUGGCAGACGCCCCGUCUCUCUUUGCAUGCCUCCGGUGAUGGGGAACUCACCACCUUACACAGGCAGCUUCUAUUAAGGAGGGACACAACUUCCCAGAACAGGCUGUGCCAAUGCCAGAUGCCAGGCCCCGGGGCUUGGGCCACGGGGGCUCCCUCCCUUCCUCCUCCCAGGCUGGCUGCUCAUGGCUCUGUGUACCACGUCCAGGGCAUCCAGUAUCUCAUUGAACACAAGCUGCUGACCUCCAAUGCCCAGGACAUUGCCCGGUUCCUGUACAAGGGCGAGGGUCUCAACAAGACGGCCAUCGGCACCUACCUGGGGGAGAGGGACCCCAUCAACCUGCAGGUCCUCCAGGCCUUUGUGGACUGCCACGAGUUCGCCAACCUCAACCUUGUCCAAGCCCUCAGGCAGUUCCUCUGGAGCUUCCGGCUGCCGGGCGAGGCCCAGAAGAUUGACCGGAUGAUGGAAACGUUUGCCACUCGCUACUGCCUCUGCAACCCAGGCGUCUUCCAGUCCACAGACACCUGCUACGUCCUGUCCUUCUCCAUCAUCAUGCUCAACACCAGCCUCCACAACCCCAACGUCCGGGACAAGCCACCCUUCGAGCGCUUUGUGUCCAUGAACCGCGGCAUCAACGCCGGCAGCGACCUGCCCGAGGACCAGCUGCGGAACCUCUUCGACAGCAUCAAGAGCGAGCCCUUCUCCAUCCCCGAGGACGACGGCAAUGACCUCACUCACACCUUCUUCAACCCUGACCGCGAGGGCUGGCUGCUCAAGCUGGGAGGCCGCGUGAAGACGUGGAAGCGGCGCUGGUUCAUCCUGACCGACAGCUGCCUCUACUACUUCGAGUUCACCACUGACAAGGAGCCUCGAGGAAUCAUACCCCUUGAGAACCUGUCGGUGCAGAAGGUGGACGACCCCAAGAAGCCGUUCUGCCUGGAGCUCUACAACCCCAGUUGCCGGGGCCAGAAGAUAAAAGCCUGCAAGACGGACGGUGACGGCAAGGUGGUGGAGGGCAAGCAUCAGUCUUACCGGAUCUCGGCCUCCAGCGCCGAGGAGCGGGACCAGUGGAUCGAGGCCAUUCGGGCCAGCAUCACCCGUGUCCCCUUCUACGACCUGGUCUCUGCUCGGAAGAAGAAGAUUGCCAGCAAGCACUGAGCUCCUGGGAGGGGUGCUGGGCCAGGCGUCCCGGAACCCCAUGACUAUGGUACCUGGAGACCCACCUCCCAGUCCAGGGCACCCUUUCCUGGCCUGCAGACACCCUCCCCUCCCCCGUUACUUGGAGCUGACAGAACGGGGAGGCGGAGCUCAGGAAGGUGGGUGGGAACAGCUGAGGGCCCCAAUGGCAUUGAGGCCCCUCGGCACCCAGCUGCUGCCAGGAGAGGCCUGAGGAAGCGGGCGAAGAGAAACCAGCCCCCCGUCCUCUCUCUGGGCCUCAGUUUCCUCUUCUGUGACUGUCUCCUCGCACUCUGAAAUGCCGUCAGGCCUCACGGCAGGAGGGCCGUGGGGUUCCUAAGCUCCAUCCCCAGGGCACUGUGUGCCUUCUGCCCAGGGCUCACUCCUCCUCCGGUUCCUGGAAAACUGGGGGAUGUCUUGGCCCCUCUGGCUCUGUGCUUCCCACCAUUGCACCCGGUGAGGGGCGCCUCGGCCCCAGUGCAGGCCCCAGCAGUCAGCCCCUGACUGCCUCCCUCCUCUCAAACUGCUUCCUCCAGGCAGAUGGACGGGAUUGCACCAGGUCCCCUAGGGAGCUUCCAACUGGAGAUGUCUGCACUUGUUUACUGAGCUGGAGGGGACUCUGGACUGGAAGCUGCGGGGAGCCCAGAGCAGAGUGGGCUCCGCCCUCGGGAUGUCCAUUUCAGGGGAGGCGCCGACAGGACUCCCCAAGAAAAUGGCGCAGAACAUCCCAGGCAGAUGUACUCGAGCAGGACUGGUGGCACAACCAAGAGGCCAAGAAGAGAGAGCUUGUGAGUGUGGAUUCCGGGAAGGCUGCCUGGAGGCAGCGGCCAAGUCGAUGAGUGACACGGAAGCUCAUGGCAGAGUCUCAGCCAGGCUUCCCUGCGAGACCCCUGAGUGGUUCCCAUGCUGGUGAGGGGCAGCCCAGCUGGCCCCACAUCCCGGGACCCUCUGCAGCAGCACGCAGAGAGCCGAGCCGACUCCCCAGCAACUGACAGGCUUCUGUCUCCAGGGAGGCCCAGCCUGGAGGAGGAUUCCUCCCUCGAGCAGGCUUCUUCUCAGAGGCACUUCUCACCCCCUCACCAGGUCCUGGGGGAGCCCCUGGAGGGAAGUUCCCUGAAGGAAGCAGCAUAUGGGGUUGCCUCUGCCCACUGCCAGCCUGAGUGGGCGAGCAGGAGCUCGGGGGUUCCCCAGGGGAGGGGAGGCCACCUCUCUUCUCCCCAUCGCCACCCCUCCACGGGGACAGGAAGGCGGCUGCCUGGUGGAGGGAGACCCCCCAUCUCUGGGAGUGUGCAAGUGCCUGCUAUGAGAUGGCACUGAGCAGGCGCUGGGCUGGGCUGGGCUGGGCUGGGCAGCUGCAGGAGGCGGCCUUGCAGGACAUGUCGGGACUUCCCAGACCCCGGGUCAGCCUGGGAGCUGACCUCCACCUCUGCCACCUCACUGGCCCAUGAAGGGGCAGCCAGGGGUCAUGGGAGGAGCACUGGUCUGGGGGUCACGGGGUCUGAGGUCCUCUUCCUGCCACUGCCAUCCGCUCACUGGCUGUGUGAUCUGAGUCCACUCCCGUCCCCUCGGUCCUCAGCGCCUCCCCUCACUGAGGGGGAACCAGUGACUGUCUGGGCACGAGGAGCAUGAAUCACUGAGAUGAGAGAAUAAAAGUCAUGAUCCACCUC